CUGAGGGUGGUGGUGGUGGUGGCGGCGGCGGUAGUGGCGAUGGUGGUGGUGGUGGUGGUGGAGGGAGGGACGGCUGACCACGUGACUCCCUCCAAACGUAAGCUCAGAAUCAGAAGGGACUACGGCAUGCCCAGUGAUCCCGUGAUGAGGGACCCACAGCAAGCAGAUGACAGUGGUUUCUACUACUACUACUACCCCGUGGAGGACGACACCAAGGGCAAAGACAAGUACAAGGACGACCUGUUUUAUAAGGAUGACAAGGACUACAAGUGUUCAGCAGAGAAGCUCUUGGCGCCUCUAAUCAUCAUAAGCAUCUUCCUGGGCAUCAUCGCCUUCAGCAGCCUGGGUCUCGUGCCUUCCUUCAACCUCCCAACCAUUGAAAUCCCUGACCUGGAGAUCAACAGGAGUAGUAGAAGUUUGGUGUCUGCCGCUGGGUUCCUUCCGUGGGGCACUUUGAACAACAUGACGGAGGCGGUGCUGGCGGCUGUGGAAGGCGAGGAGUGCCGACCGUGGCUGGUGUGUGAGUCCGGGCGGCUGGCUGAGGGACGCACCAUGGCUCUCAGCCUGAUGGAGUUCCUAGCACCGAGUAAGUACCAACAAGAACUCAAGAUUUUCAAGGACUCCGCGCUACUAAAGACCAGCUGUGACAAGUACAAGUGCAGCUCGUUCAAGAAGCCAGUGUGUGCCCUGCUGCAGGCGGCUGGUGGCAAGUGCUAACUUCUCCAAGCACGCCAACAUUAGCUCUCUAGAUAAUGGAAGUCGGAGUAACUGUGUGGACACUCAUGUUCCUGUUAUUGCGUCGCCCUAACUCUUUCACUGCAAUUUGUUACAGCUGACACCACUGAGAACGCUGUAGAAAGCCUUCAUAAAUACGUACAAGAAGUUUUCUAAUCUCCAGGUGGCUGUAGAACAAGAAGGAAUGUUUCAGAUUGGUUUGUGAUCAACGAGAGAUAUACCAAAAAUGAACACGAGAACAUAAAUUAAUAUGCAACAAACCAUCAGUCCUACACGUGCCAGUCCCUUUAUAAAACACGCAUACCUACUUCCACCCAUCCAUAAGUUUGUCUAAUCUUCUAAAGCUCCGUAUUGACUCGGCACUAAUACCCUGAUUACUGAGUCUGUUCCAUUCAUCUACCACUCUGAAAACCACUUUCCUUCCAUUAGUGAAAGAGUUAAGUCACUGAAUGUACUUGAUGACUGUCCUUGUGUUAGUUUCUCUGUAUAAUGGAGGGAAGAAAUUUGCUACAUGCUCUACUGCAGGCGGUGGAGUUAAGAAGAUAAAGGAAGCAGCAAGACUUCAGACCUAAACGCGGCAAUCCUUGCUUGAAACUCACCUACGUAUUUCCACCUAUCAUCCUCAUCCAUAAAUUUAUCUAAUCUUGUACGUGAAGUUAGUGUGAAAGCGAAUAUCCUUGUUGUAGGCGGGAAAGGUGUGUGUGUGUGUGUGUGUGUGUGUGUGUGUGUGUGUUUUGCAGUGGCUCAUCAGUUACUGUUGUUAUUGCUUUCCAUAUUAAGUUCCCUGUUUUAUGAUAUCUUUAUUGUUGUUUUCUUUAUUUUCUCUUCUUAUUGUUUCCUUUACUUCCUUCUCUCUUUUCUUUCACCGACUCGUACUUAUAAUUUCAGUUACUUCUUUCUCUCCUCUCGACAUUCUAUAUAUCUGUCAUUUUAUUUCCUGUAAGAUAAGUGUGUGUUUAUUGCACCUUACUCCGUGUGUUUCUAUUUAUUGUUACUAAUAGACAUAGUAAAAAAACUCCUUAUCUAAUAUAACAAAGAAUGACUUUAAUAAUCAUAUUUUCUAAACUCUAAGGCAUUGUUUAAUAUAUAUGCUAUCGCAGAGAUGUUUAUUGCAAUACAUUCUCAUCUAUUUAUAUGUAUGUUCAUGCUUUUUAUCUAUUUAUUUAUUCAUUUAUUUAUUUGUUUGUUGUAAUAUUUCAUGCAGGUAAUGUUGAUGAGGGGAAACUAUCGUACGUUUUCCAUAAUUAUCGUAUAUCGUCAUAUCUUGUGGAGUCAUGAGCAUUUAUAUGAUUUGUGUUUAAGGCAGGUAGUGUAGUGUUUAUACUUAACUUAUGAUGAGCUGUACAUGGCAUUAAUAGACAUAACUACUACUUGUACUGCUGUUACUACUACUACUACUACUACUAGCACCACCACUAGUACUGAUACUACUGCUAUAUGUACUAAUAAUGCACUAAUACUGUCAAUAAUGCCAAUGUUUCAAACUUUCCGAAUCAAAUCAAAAUGCUUCAACAAAACGCAUGAUUUGAAAGUCCCACUAAGAAUUUGUCUGUGGAGAAACUUAGCAGAUAUCCCUUAACACACGGAGGAAAUGUAAUAUCGACGACAAUAUUGUUUGAAGAUAUUACCAAGAGGAUUUUUGUGCCCAUUAUGAACAGUUUUAUUAAAGAAUACCAUGAGGAA